AUGCUGCUGCUCUUAAUAUUGUCGUGUUGCAUCACUUGUUACAAAUAUUUCGCUGUGGCUCCUGUUACUGGCACUGUUAUCUUGGCUUCUGUUGUUGUUAGUGGCGCUGUUAUCUUGGCUCCUGUUGCUCUUACUGGCACUGUUAUCUUGGCUCCUGUUGCUCUUACUGGCACUGUUAUCUUGGCUCCUGUUGCUCUUACUGGCGCUGUUAUCUUGGCUCCUGUUGCUCUUACUGGCACUGUUAUCUUGGCUCCUGUUGCUCUUACUGGCGCUGUUAUCUUGGCUCCUGUUGCUCUUACUGGCACUGUUAUCUUGGCUCCUGUUGCUCUUACUGGCGCUGUUAUCUUGGCUCCUGUUGCUCUUACUGGUGCUGUUAUCUUGGCUCCUGUUGCUCUUACUGGCACUGUUGUCUUGGCUCCUGUUGCUCUUACUGGCACUGUUAUCUUGGCUCCUGUUGCUCUUACUGGCGCUGUUAUCUUGGCUCCUGUUGCUCUUACUGGCGCUGUUAUCUUGGCUCCUGUUGCUCUUACUGGCACUGUUAUCUUGGCUCCUGUUGCUCUUACUGGCACUGUUAUCUUUGCUGCUACUUUAGCUGCUGAUGCUAGUGAUGGUGCUGUGUUACUGCUCUAG